AUGAGCUUGAAAAUCCCAGUUCCAAAGUCUUCAGGCGACUCUCUGACUCCAAAGGAUCCAGCUUCUGCCUCUAUUGGUCCCGACACUUCAACUUCUGCAGCCUUACCUGUACAGUCAGCUACUCCAAAAGCCUCAGAAAUCCCUUUGCCUGACCUUAAUAAAGACUUGGCUUUAUCAGAAUCUGACAAGGACUCCAUCUAUUCCAAAACAACUCUUGUCUCCAAACGCUCCAAUCCUGAUCAGUUAUCUAUUCACACAGAUGGUGUUAUUGACCCAGAACCUGAACAGGAGUAUGCUGUUCCAGACCUCCCAUCUUCCACUCCAUACAUACCAACCAAUAAGCAGUCCCUAAAAGUUAAAGACAUCAUCGCAAGGCAGGAUGAGGUUGUAACCCUAAACAUUGGAGGGACCAUGUUCACAACUACCAGAUCCACACUGCGGGAGGAUCCUUCCUCGUUGCUCGCGACUUUAUCCUCAAAGCUUUCAUCAACACCUUUCUUCAUCGACCGCAAUCCGAAACAUUUCCCUUUCAUAUUAGACUUCCUGAGGAACAGCUGCUGUGUCUCAUCCAUCUCUAUUCCAACUUCGGCUACAGCUCUGAAGGAACUUUCUCAAGAAUGUGCGUUUUAUGAGAUUGACAUUCUCUCCAGAUUAAUUGAGCCCAUGCUCAAGUUGUUCUCACAUUAG